AUGUCCGAUAGCGGGGAAGACAGUGAUUAUAUUCCUUCCGACUUUGAUGUGGAAGAUGAAGACAGUUCGGAGGAAAGUGGCAGUAGCGACGAGGAGGAUGAACUUUUAGGCCUACAGCAGCCAUGUUGGCUACCCGUUGGAAAUAUUGACGAUGAUAUUUCACCAGAUUGGCCUUCAUUUACUGCUGCAAGUGGACCUAAGCAUAUUGCCAGGGAGGAAGCAGACCCCCUUGUGUAUUUUCAGUACUUUGCUACUGAUGAAUUUUUCAAGACACUGCUUGAUUUUAGCAUCAAGUACGGAGAUCAGAUUGUUGCAAAGAAAGAAAUUUCAGCGAAGUCUAGGUUCCGGCUCUGGCAAAAUAUGAAAGCAGACGCUGACCUAGACACCUAUAAGGCAUUCUGGGGCCUUUUUUUUAACAUGGGCCUUAUUCAAAAAGCAAGUUUUGAGGAAUAUUGGAGGGAAAGUGACUGGUCCCAAGCCACCCCUCAGUUUUCGCAGGUAAUGGGUCGUGAUAAGUGGAUGAUUUGGCUGAGGAUGUUGCAAACAUUCGAUGUCACAGAUCCAACUGUUGAUAGAACUGAUCCAGGUUUCAGGGUUAUAUACCCUUUGAAUCACAUGAACAAAAUGUUCAAAUUUCAUUACCAGCCAAUCCAAACCUUGACAGUCGAUGAAGGUUUAUGUGGCUUUCGUGGUAGAGUUCCUUUUAGACAGUAUAUUCCAAAUAAGAAGCACCACCAAUUUGGGAUAAAGAUGCAAGAGUUGUGUGACACAACUGGCUAUUUAUGUAAAGUGCUUUUGUACUGUGGUUCCAAGCAAAAAGUUCCCGCUCGUUUUCAUCACAAAUAUCCAAGUGAUCCCAAGAGCAUUGUGAUGACUUUGGUGAAUGACUUGCAACACCAAGGAUACCAGCUGACAACAGAUAACUGGUACACUUCAUUGGAACUUUCUAAACAAUUGAAAGAAAUUGGGAUCACACACAUUGGGACCAUCAAAAGAAACCAGGCAGCUGGCUUUCCAAAAGAAGUGGUGAAUGCAAAGUUGAAGGUUGGAGAAAAGCUUGCAUAUCGCAUGGAUGAUAAUGUUUGUGUUGCAAUAAGGGACAAGAAGAGUCAGACAAAACCACUCUUGAUGACCUCAACAAAAUACUCUGCUUUUUAUGUUGAUGGGGAUGGUCACAAAGUCAGAGAGGAAAACCAUGUAGCUGACAAAAAGUACAAAUGUCAGCUAGUUUGGGCUUACAACCACUCUAAAUUUGGUGUUGACAAAUCAGAUGAGAUGGUAUAUUCUUAUGAGGUGGAAAGGAGAACCAGACGCUGGCCUGUCAAAGUGCUGCUAAGACUGAUGCAGAAGGCACUGCUGAAUUCAUAUGUUUUGUAUAAGGCAUUAGCAGAAAAGCCAAUGAAGCGCUUACGCUUUUAUGUGAAGGUAUUUGAGGGGCUGAUGAAUCCAGCCAGAAACAGAAGAAUCAGGCCUCAGUAUUUGAGACCAGACAUUGAGGGAAAAAUUUGUCAGAUGGAACAAUUGCCAGGAGGAAAAAGAAAAGAUUGUAUGAUUUGUUCCAGCAGGCAAGAGGGCAAAAGGAAGAGGACAGCAUUUCAGUGUGUUCGUUGUCAAAGAGGAUGCUGCCCAACAUGUUUUCAUCAGCAUUUUGACUGA